GGGACACAACAUGGCGGCGACCAAAAGGGUCCUCUAUGUGGGUGGACUUGCUGAAGAGGUGGACGAGAAGGUGCUUCACGCUGCAUUUAUUCCAUUUGGUGACAUUAUGGACAUUCAAAUACCAUUGGAUUAUGAAACUGAAAAACACAGAGGAUUUGCGUUCGUUGAGUUUGAGAAUGCCGAGGAUGCUGCAGCUGCGAUCGAUAACAUGAACGAAUCGGAACUCUUUGGGAGGACAAUCCGUGUCAAUCUGGCCAAGCCCAUGCGGAUCAAGGAAGGAUCCUCCAGGCCGGUGUGGUCGGAUGAUGAUUGGCUGAAGAAGUUUGCUGGAAAGACUCUGGAGGAGAACGAGAGUGAGACACAAGGAGGAGAAGCCACCAACACACAAGCACAGGAGGGAGAGCCUCCCACCAAGAAGGUCCGAGCCAAUCCGCAGGUGUACAUGGACAUCAAAAUCGGCAACAAACCCGUGGGCAGGUUACGGUUUCUGCUCCGAGCCGAUGUGGUGCCAAUGACGGCAGAGAAUUUCCGCUGCCUGUGCACACACGAGAAAGGGUUUGGGUUUAAAGGCUGCAGUUUCCAUCGCAUCAUUCCCCAGUUCAUGUGUCAGGGCGGAGACUUCACCAAUCACAACGGGACGGGAGGGAAAUCCAUCUAUGGCAAGAAAUACGAUGACGAAAAUUUCAUCCUGAAACACACAGCGACAGGUUUACUGUCCAUGGCAAACUCUGGGCCAAACACAAAUGGCUCUCAGUUUUUUAUUACCCUGGAUAAGACCGACUGGUUAGAUGGGAAACACGUGGUGUUUGGGGAGGUGAUGGAGGGACUCGAUGUAAUCAAACUAAUGGAAGCUCAAGGAACCAAGAGUGGGAAACCCAAAGAGAAAGUGAUCAUCUCCGACUGUGGAGAGUAUGAGUGACUCCAAACAACGUCGUUCCACAAGCCAUUUCCUCUCUCACCCCAUAAUCCAUAACAACUGGUAUGAGUACGAUUUUUGUAAAUAUUUUUGCAAAAUAAAUUUUUUAUUU